AUGAAGAUUAACCAAAUUUCCCUUCUCGUCACCUUCGCCUUCGCCUUCGCCUUCAAGGUGGAAGCAGAUGGCGGCUACACGAAGGACUGCCAGAACUCGACUAUUGUCGUAGUGAAUGACAGCAUCAGCAUGAGGUCAUACUGCAAAGGGCCAUCUGCAACACCUCAAUGCAGCAUCCUUAACCUAAAUCAGUGCUAUGGUGUUGAUGGCAGAGUUGUCAUACCAAAGCAGGGGGGCGCAUUCCAAGACGGAUGCCUUUAUCUUGGUUGCAAUCUUGUCAAUGCAACACUUGUAUGCGAGUGCACUGGAAAGAGAAGGCAUCAUCAUCGUACAUGCUCAAGUGUAAACACCAAUAGCCUCAUUAUGAACGACAAUGGAGCUUUAAAAUGCUUCGACAGCCGAGCCACUACACCACCAGACUGCGUCCGGAUACCUACGGUAACCUUUGAUCUCAAGUCAGAAGGUCGCCGCCUUUCAUUGGCGUCACAACAAUAUGCGCUGUUCUUCCUCGCGAUUGCGAUGUUUCUAGGGGCAUGA